AUGUUACAGUCAGCACAACCUACCCAAGACCAGCCUUCAUGGGGCGGCAGUAGCUCAGAUACACUAGAAGCAGAUAGAGUCGGCGAGCAACAACAUGUAGUACGAGAAAAGUCACAUACCAGCCAAGAAAUCGACCCAGAUGUGGAAAUCGUGGAUUGGAAUGGGCCUAACGACCCGGAAAAUCCGUUCAACUGGCCAGUACGACAAAAAUGGAUUCUCACAUCAGUCGCUCUCUUUGGAACAUUCAUCACCCUCGUAAAUGGAACAUCCAUUGCUGUCGCCGCCGAAGCCUACAACCGCGAAUUCGGUAUCAGUGAUGCGCACUUCCCAAACUCAUACUGGCCGAUUGCAAGUUGGGCGUUAGGUGGUGGCAUCUUCAUGAUGAUUCUGUUGCCCAUCCUCGAAGAUUUUGGAGUCAGAUGGGGUUAUUUGAUAACUUACAUUGUCCUGAUCAUUUUCAUCGUACCUUCGGCAGUCGCGCAAAACUUUGCAACCCUGGUGGUUACUCGCUUUAUUGCGGGCGGAUGCGUCUCACUGCUUGCCAACACAAUCAGCAGCAUCAUUUGCGAUAUCUGGGCUGGUGAUCGUGGCAGGACAGUACCGAUGGAACUAUACAUCACCGUUUAUCUGUUUGGCAGCACCAUGGGUCCUGUCAUUGGUGGCGCCAUCUACCAGUUCCUCAAUUGGCGCUGGAUAUUCUACAUCCAGAUUAUCUGGUACUGCGCUUUCAUACCGCUGUUUUUCUUCACCAUCAAGGAGACCCGUGGCUCUGUCAUCCUCAAGCAGCGUGCGAAGAAGAUUCGUGCAGCUACUGGAAAGAAAGCGUAUACGCGCGACGAGUUGCACCACAUCCCUAUCUGGCAGAUUAUCAAGACUUCGGUAAAGAGACCUGCAUACAUGCUUUGCACAGAAUGGGUCGUGUUUUCGCUUACCAUGUGGUCGGCCUUCUCUGUAGGACUUGUCUACCUCUUUACUCAAAGUAUCGAGGAAGUCUUUACAGGUCUAUAUGGCUGGCCAGCCUACAGCACUGGUUACGUCCAGGCUGCCGUUGGUGUCGGAGAAUUGCUUGGGUUCUGGGCCGCAUACGGAAACAUCUACUUCUACUUUCGGUCUGCAAAGUCCAAUCCCAUCGAUCCUGGUACGCCUGUUCCAGAAGCCAGACUCUAUAUGUCUCUUGUGGGUGGCUUCUUCGGCAUGACUGGAGGUAUGUUCAUCUACGCCUGGACAUCGUACCCAGAGAUUCCCUGGAUAGCUCCAGCGAUCGGUCUAGCAGUGGUUGGGUUUGGCACCAACAUUGUGGUCUCGUCCAUCGCACAAUAUCUGAUGGAUUCGUACUCCAAGUACGCUGCCUCGGCGAUUGCAGCAGUGGCCUUUGGAGAAAAUGUGUUUUCUGCGUUUUUGCCGCUUGCUGCGCAGAGUAUGUAUACCAACCUUGGAUACCGGUGGGCGAGCUCGGUAUUGGCAUUCUUGUCGUUGGCGCUGGCUUGUGCGCCUAUCAUUCUGUUGGUGAAGGGACCGGAGAUCAGAUCAAGAAGUCCUUUCAUUCGGGAGGCGAGAUAUGAGCAUGAUGUUAAGGGCAGUGUCGAGGAAGCUUGA